AUGGUAUUCGGUAGUCGACAAAAUCUACGUAAACUGCCUCGCUUCAAAAUCUCAUUCCGUGACGCUGAGCUCCAGCCGUGUACUCAGGUGGGAAACCUGGGUGUUGUAUUCGACGGCGCACUCACCUGGGAGGCACACGUAGCCGAGCUGAGCCGUCGUUGCAUCGGCGUACUGAUCGGCCUCUCCCACGCACGACACUGUCUCCCAGACGGCAUCCUCAAAACGAUCGUGACGGCACUUGUCAUCUCGCGCGUCCAGUACUGCCUCACUGUCUACGGAAAUGGCUCCCGGAAAAACUUUGACCGGCUCCAAAAAAUUAUGAACUUCGCAGCACGGGUCAUCUUCGGCCGCCGUAAAUUCGACCACGUCUCUGGCCUCCGCGACUCGCUUGGAUGGAUACCUCUGAAAGCUAUGGCCGAUAUUCAAACCCUCGUAACUGCUCAGAAAAUAAUAAGGAACGGCGAGCCCGAAGAACUAGCUACCAUGUUCACCUAUAACAGUGACGCGCGAAAGAGGUCCACCCGGCAAGACCACCUUUUCCACCUUCCACGCUCGCGACUCGAGACAGGCAAGCGACGGUUCGGCUACCGGGCCGCGGCGCUGCUCAACAGUCUGCCACCUGGCGUCAUCGAACAGCGCCCCGCCCCAUUCGCCCGUGCGGCCAAGGCUGCAGUCUGUCCGGCGAUGACGAUCGCCCGACGCUGA